AUGUCUGGAAUUGUGGGGACGACGUCGCAGGCAGCGAUCGUCGAGCAAUUGAAUGGUUUUGAGAAGCAAUAUUCGCUGCAGACCGCUGAGAUCACUUCGAAAAUCGGACGUGUCCACACAUUGCCCAAUUCCGAGCGCGCUUCGGCGGUUCAGGAGAUUCGCAAGAGUCUCGACGACGUCAGCGAUCUUCUCGAUCAGAUGCAGCUCGUUGUUCGCGAGCUCGAAGCCAACACAACCGAACGAACGAAAUAUGAGCUGCGCGUGCGCAGCUAUCAAGGCGACAAGAAGCAAUUGGACGGCGAGCUGGAAAAGGCGAUCAAGCGAGUUCGAGAAGAAGCCGAUCGCGAUGAGCUUCUCGCGUUUGACGAUCAAUUAGUUGAGCAUCGACAGGAGGAUCAACUCAUUGCGAAUACUCAACGAUUGGAGCGAAGUUCGCGAAAACUUCAAGAUGCUCAUCGAAUAGCCGUCGAAACUGAGCAGGUGAUUGGAACCGAAAUGCUGUCGAAUUUGACUAGUCAAAGGGACACAAUUGGAAGGGCUCGCGAUCGGAUGAGAGGCUCCAACGCAGACCUUGGCCGAGCCAAUAAAACUCUAAACACUAUGAUUCGACGGGCAAUACAGAAUCGAUUACUUCUACUGAUUGUCACUGUACUGCUGAUGUUCAUGUUCCUCUACAUGGUGUAUAAACUUGUCUAA